GCCGCUACUCUUCUUAUAGAGCCUGACCAGAACUGUCAUAGCCACGCCUAUAGAGGCCUGCAAUUGGUCCAGAAAGCGUAAAAUCAGCAAUCAAAGGGAUUUGGUUCAUUAAGUGGGGGUCGAGGCAGGAAGGAUGUGUGAGAUUGGUCCCAGACCCGCAGUGAACGGGGACACGUCUCUCCUGUCAGUGUGGGAUGACUGAAGCAAAGGAACGGUUCACUUCCUUCGGAGGGAGACUGCGCAACUGGGAUCUGGCAACGCUCCGUGCAUCACACUAAAGUACGAGAGACUAUAAGGAAAUCGAGUAGAAAAUCGAAAUGUUUGCAGUGUAACGGUCAAGGCCAUUGUACUGACACUGAUUAAGGUAGCCUAUAAUAGGUAGCAAUUUAAUAACUAUUUUUAUUUAUAAAUUAUUUUUAUUUAACUUUUAUUUAGAUUUUUUUUUUUUUUUUUGAUGCACCGAUGAGAGAUCCAUCUUGUACUGGGACUGAAAUGGCAUAUCACCCUUUCCACGCGCACCGGCCCACCGACUUCCCUAUGUCCGCUUUCUUAGCGGCUGCUCAACCCUCUUUCUUCCCGGCGGUCAGCCUUACCUCUGGGGCACUCACCAAGUCUAUCUCGGAACACAGUUUAGCUGGCGCGGAAACGGGACUCCACCCGGCGUUGGACCACCACCACCAGGCUGCUCAAAUCCGCGGCAAUAAAAGCUUGGAGCCUGAAGGAGAAGUGGACGAUGAUCCUAAAGUUACUUUGGAAGCCAAGGAUCUUUGGGACCAGUUUCAUAAACUCGGCACUGAAAUGGUUAUUACUAAAUCGGGAAGGAGAAUGUUUCCACCGUUCAAAGUGCGAAUAAAUGGGCUAGACAAAAAAGCAAAAUAUAUUUUGCUAAUGGAUAUCGUGGCAGCGGAUGACUGCCGCUACAAGUUUCACAACUCCCGCUGGAUGGUCGCGGGCAAGGCCGACCCAGAGAUGCCGAAGAGAAUGUAUAUCCACCCGGACAGUCCAGCCACUGGGGAGCAGUGGAUGGCCAAGUCUGUUGCUUUUCAUAAACUCAAACUCACCAAUAACAUAUCAGAUAAGCACGGAUUUACCAUCCUAAAUUCAAUGCACAAGUAUCAGCCAAGAUUCCACAUUGUGCGGGCCAACGACAUCUUGAAGCUCCCUUACAGCACAUUUAGAACAUAUGUUUUUCCGGAGACUGAGUUUGUGGCUGUGACAGCAUAUCAGAACGACAAGAUAACACAACUUAAGAUUGACAACAAUCCAUUUGCCAAAGGAUUCAGAGACACUGGGAACGGAAGAAGAGAGAAAAGGAAACAAUUAAGUCUGCCAUCGUUGCGGAUGUUUGACGACCAACGCAGGGAUGGCGGGGACUCAGAUGCGUCAAGUGAAACUCCAACUUUUCGAGACGCCAUUCAUUCCCCACUGGGAGCGGUUAGAAGCCCACCGUGGUUCAACAGGCCUGGUCGAGAUGAGAAAACAUGCACUGACAGUGAGCAGGAGCUUGAAAAUCAUGGUGAGCGUUGCACAAGCUCAAACAGCCUGGGGACUGAACCUGUGUCUCCCUAUAGCACUCGAUGUGAGGAGCGGAUCAGAGAAAGGCCUGAUAUGGACAUGAAGGAUGACCACACAUUCAAUGUAAGGUACAUGGAUCAAUACAAAGCUGAGAUGAGGCAUCGUAAAAACACAGCUGAUAUGUCGUUUAAAGACUCUGAACCUGGAAGCAUCAGUGCUAUUAAGGACAACUUCUCCCCACUUGUGGUCCAGACCGAAAGCCCUUCACACUUAAAGUCAGGUCAUUUACAAAGCUUGGCACUGACUGGCCUCCACAGCCAACAGUUCUUUAACACUCUAAACACCGGAUCACCACUUUCGUUUCACCCUGGGCAGUUUGCCAUGACCCAUGGAGCCCUUUCUGCUAUGGGAAUGGGUCAUUUAUUGGCCUCUGUAUCUGGAGCAAAUAGUUUGGAAAAUAGCCACCUUUCUUCUCAAGAAGCAGGAAGAACCACCAAUGCCUUCCCCUUCCAUUUGUCUCAGCAUGUCCUUGCCUCUCAGGGCAUCCCCAUGCCUCAGUUUGGAGGUUUCUUUCCCUAUCCCUACACCUAUAUGGCAGCAGCCGCAGCCUCAGCCAUCCCAGCAACCAACACUUCCAGCCCAUUCUCCAGAAACCCUUUUCUGGUCACAUCUCGACCAUGUCUCCGCUUCAACCCGUACCGGCUCCCAAUGUCUUUGUCUCAGAGUUCUAGCCUACUUACAACCAAUCUGCAAUGUAGCCUCAACCCAGGCUCUAAAUCAUGCAGUCGGGAGACCAGCCCAGCCCCAGUGCACAACAGCCACAACAAGAAUGGGGGAUCCUACGGGAGGGUCAAGUCUCCCAAAAGGAAUGAAAUACAAAAUAUUCAGAAACUUUCGAGUGGCCUGGAGGGCCACAGUGAUCCAUCCCCAGCAGAACAUUCUCCAGAGUGAUAUACGACUCAGUAUGUUAUGGCUUGGCUUGCAGAUGCGAGGACUAUUCUGUUAUUUUUAGCACACUACAACAACUAGGGUGAUGUUUUGAUUAAGAAUUGCUAUUGAAACAAUUCUACAUUAGUAAAAACCCCAACACCAAAGCUGUGAUAUAGAAUGGAAAAACUUAUAACAAACCACGUCCUCCCAAUUUUCAUCCUCUGACGGAAUCUUCCUGAUGGGUAACAUAAUUUUACACAGUAUGUUUAGGAUAGCGGGGGGUUAUUUGGUUAAGUGGCCUCAUAGUAUAAAACAAACAAAAACAUCAACAAAAGUAGACCCGUUUGAGGCUGAGAUCUAUUAAUUGCAUUCAUGGGGAAUUUUAUUCAAGAGAAAUGGAUUUCUGAUCAAUUUAUGUAGUAAUGCGAAGCUAAAUAAAUCUGUAAAUAAUUAUAUGCAAUUGGUAUUAAAUUAUUUAAGUGUGUGUACUAGUGUGUAUAUAUUUUGAAUAUCACACUUUGCUAUCUAACCCACUCCAUUACAUAAAGGCUCUUCAACAAUUUAAACGUGUUUUGAGUCACUGAUUGUGGGACAUGUGUGCCAUAUUUGGUCUACGCCGUAUAUCCAGCAAUAUUUUCAGAGCAGCGGAGAAAACGGUUCAUGUGAUUUAAAACACCUCAGGUUACUUAACUUCAGUCAGGCUAUUGACUAUCAAAGCAAUCCCUUAUUUAAUGUUACGUCAGUUGAUGGAUUUAUUUAAUCAGUAAAUGUUUCUAGUCAUCCUGGUUGUCCGUUUUUUCUGAUUGUCUCACACUUUUUAA